AUUAAAUCAGAACACAUCCACAAUAUGGCUAGAAACGUAACUACAGAGUGGCAUGAUAUCCAAGUAGAGUUAGGAAAUUUUGUACCGAUUGAACUCCCUCCUACUGGAGAAGAGAUUAAUGAAGAAAACAUGGAGAUAAUGGAGGGGUAUGACCAGAAGAAAGCUCAUUCAGAUGAAGACUCUGAUCCAGAUUUUAGAGAAGAUGAAGAGGAGAAGGAAAUUAUUAAGGGGUUUAGGGAGAAAAGACUUCAAGAGAUGAAGGAGAAAGCCAAUAAGAAAGCAUUUGGAUAUGUUAAACACAUCACAAAGCAGGAUUGGGUUCUUGAAAUUAACGAAGCUCCAAAAGGAGUGCAUGUUGUCCUCUUGCUUUACCAAGAUUACAUUGAAUUGAGUGUUAAGUUAGUAGAGAUAUUCGAGAUACUAGCAAAGCAUUAUCCUCAUGUAAAGUUUUGAAAAUCCAUUGCCACUAAAUCGAUCCCUGAUUUUAAAGAUGCUCAUUGCCCUGGGAUUCUGAUUUACAAAGAUGGAGAAAUCGAACAUACUAUGAUCCCUGCACUUCCAGAGUUAGGAGGUUCCAAGAUGGACUUCGAAAUAGUUCAAUACGUCCUUGCCAUCAAAGGGGUAAUAGAAAUGGAUCUAUGAGAUGACCCAAGAGACAAGCUAUAUAAGAUGAACAUCACAAAGAAAAAGAAGGAGCACAAAGAUUCUGAUGCGAGUGAUGAAGAGGAAAGAGAUACUAAAGGUUAUCUGCAUACUCAUCAUUGGGCAUCAUACAAAAAGUAA